GCUGACUGGAAACAGGAUGCUGUCAGGCCGAAGAGACGCUCUGACCUAACGGAGAGAAACCGCAGCAUCAUCCUUUGUUUUCUGGAGCUGGAUAUCCAGAUCGUGUGGUGAACUGAAAAGAACGCUGAAGCAAAGGUGGAGAGCAGCAGGACUUUGGUCUCCUGCUGUCCCGUGUUUUUGCUGGAAACCCCCAUCCAAUUCUCUCACUGCCCAGUACCACACUCCUACUGUUCCUUCUGUUCGUUCACUCUCCUUCUAUCAUCUAUCUGCCCAUCUUGCUCGACAAAUAGUUUAACAGAAUCCAAGCGCCAAAAACUAGGAGACCAUCUCAGCUGUUUCUGUAGAAGCACUGCUAAUAGAAAGAACACAAGUGGAUGUAACUGCCCCCACCCACAGAGUUUGGUUCAGUCCCACGGGCGAUGAGACGAGCCAGGAGCUUCAUCUUUCUCUAGACACUUUCUUCUACACCUUCUGUCUUCAUGCUUUGGGGGUCCUCAGGUGCCCCCACCCCGUGUCGACCCCCCCACACCCGUUGCCACCACGGCAGACCACCCCAAUCGCCUUGUUGCCAUGCCGACAGAGACACUGACUCCAGCCCUGCCAGAUAGCAAGGCUGCUGGCCCUGCAACGCCCUUCAGUUCCACUGUACCCCUCCGCAUCCUCAACAAGGGCCCCGAGUACUUCAGGAGACAGGUGGAACCAAACCCUAAGCGCCUCAGUGCUGUUGAAAGACUAGAAGCUGAUAAGGCCAAGUAUGUCAAGAGCCAGGAAGUCAUCAAUGCCAAGCAGGAGCCAAUCAAACCACCUGUGCUUGUUAAACCACCUGCUGGCCAUCCCCUGCUAUCCAAGAGAGGUUCUGGCAUCGGUGGAGGAGGCAGUGGAGGCGGGUUACCUUUCAAAGCAUCCAAUAACAAUGCCAAGUCAGACACGUGUGCAACAAGCUGUGGCAGCAUCAAACGGGAGAAUUUAAACCUAGAGAUCCUAAAAAAUCUGCUAAACUCAUCGUCUUCUUCAGCAGCAGGAUCUGGAGGUGGAGCUAAGAGUGCUGUGCAUAUGAGGUCAACAGGUGGAAUGCCCAGGAGUUGGACACCAUCGGGUUUCAUUUCCCAGAGAUGCUGGAGAAUCUCAAUUUUGAUGCCGUUAACCUAUCGGUCUACCAUGACUCUUAACGAACAACCGCCCGACUCGACUCCCAGUCCCAGCACCUCACACUCCCUCCGAUCCUUCUCCCAUUCACUGAAGGUUCCCCCGAUCAACAGCGGGGGGCGUCGCAGUCCGCAACAGGGAGGAAACCUGAAUCUCAGCAGACGAGUCCAAGAUGAGAGAAGCGGCGAAGGAGGCUUUAUGGAUCGUUCUCGGUCCCCGCUGCCACCUCUGCUUACUUCCCACUCAUCUUCCGACCUCCUACGGCUGUGCAACGGCAAGCCGCUCCGUACUGCACGAUCCAGUAGCUCCUCAGCUCCGCCCCUCCCUCCAAAACCUAAACCUGCUUCCCUCCCUCCUCCUGCACUUUCUUUGUCACUGCCUCCCCCUCGUCCAGCCCCAUCCCCCUCACCUUGUGACAACACCACCCCUCAGUCGCUACCUUGUGAUCUUGGAGAUCCUUCAAAAAUGUUAGCUGAUCCUAACCUCGAGCUAGAACCUGGUUCGUCAGUGGCACGUCGCGCCUCGCUGCACAGAUCUAAAUCAGACCUGUCAGACCGUUACGCCCGGGCUGGAGCUGACGUGGAACGCUUUUUUAACUACUGCGGACUUGACCCUGAGGAGCUGGAGGCGGUUGGUCCGGAGAACUUUGCACGGGCCAACUCGGAUAUCGUCAGUUUGAAUUUCCGAUCAGCUUCUAUGAUUUCCUCUGACUGCGACCGUUCUCGGCGAUCUUCCAAUGAUGGUCUGUCAGAUGGGGAUGAGGGUGAGGACGAAGAGGAGGAGGCUGGGGAGCGUGUGCCAUAUGGCAUUUCGGCUGUGGAGCGAAAUGCAAGGGUCAUUAAAUGGCUAUAUAGCAUUAAGCAGGCGAGAGAGUCACAGAAAGUGUCCCAUGUUUAGAAGUGGAGGUUCUUUAGGCUAAUGACAAACUGUCCUAAUCUCUGAAGGAAUCACUGGAGCGGCAUUUCUCACAGAUAAAGAGGCUGUUGUCUUAUUGCUGAAUGAAAACGUUUUCAACUGUGUGUAGCUGAAUGAAAGAGGGAGGACUGCACAGGUGUAACCCAAGCAAGGUAAGGAAAGAGACAAAAUAGUGUCUGAAGAUUAUAGAAAAGACAAAGACUGCAGUCCUCCAAAGUUUAGAACAAGAAAAACACCAAGAACAGAAAGAGGAAAAGCUAAUUCAGUGCUUACUCUAGAGUGGCAGUUAACUGCUUCUCUGUGGACACUGUAUGAACUGUUGUGUAAGCAACAGGAACAAAAGUGAAAUGCACUACAUUUGUCCAAGGAUCCAUAAUGAGGAUUCAAGAGGUUUCUCACAGAGGACAUUUGGACUUGGCAGACAUCAGUAUGACUGACACUCUGUUAAAUGUAGCCUUUGACACCUGCACUCAUCGUCUUUGAAAUGUUCCUCAGUCCACUUUUGUGCUCUUUCAUGGUCACUUCCUCAGUAGGAAAUAGUCGGCCAGUUGUAAGUGGUUGAACAUCAUCUUACCUCACAAAUGCUGUCUGUUAGAAAAAUAAAACUACAGGUUAACUGUCUUUAGCUAGCACAGAAAUAUUUUAUACAGGCCUCAGUCUUGCUUACAUUUAUCGCUCAUUACAGAUACUUUAGAUAUGUUCUCCCUUUGGGACACUAAGAAACAAAAAAAACAAAAACCUAACCUCUGACCCUGUGACUAAGUUUGCAUAGUAAAUGUAUACAUGUGAUAAACUGAAAGCUUAAACAACAAAGACCCUGCUAAGUGGGUUUGUGGAUUUAGCAUUAAAUCAGCACUUUUCUUGGACGGAGGCAGCUGUCUUUCACACAAUCUGCCUAAAUUUGCACUCAAUGCAGCGCAUGUAGCUUAUUGCUAAACCAUUGGUGAAUGACGUCACACUCGUUGUGGUUUGUCUAGCACCUCACAGAAGUUCUUCCUCACAGUACUUUUCUGAUUGUUUGAGGUGAUCAGCUCCCCAGUUUCCUGCUUUUUGCCUUAUCAGAAACAUCAGUAGCAUCAUUCACUUACAGUAAUAGGGUUGCCAACUUUUUAGUUAACAAAUACGGGACACUCUGGCAUGCCAGAAGCACAAUACACAACCAGCUGGGUGUAGUGCACAUAUGCACUGUAUGUGACAUUGCAGGUAAUGGUCAAUAAAUGGGACAUUUAAGGUGGACUAAGGGACAAACCAGUGUUUGCUCAUUAUACAGCUAAAACGGGGCAGUUGGCAACCCUAGACAGCAACACUGUGAGGUUUGGGUAACAGUGCAGUUAACAAAUGGCCCCAAUAUUGUAAAAUGCCUGUUGCUAUUACCCACGGUUAAACAGCACAUGAAUUUUAAAUAAAAAGUGAAAAUCCUUAUCAAGUAGCACUUGUUGCCAUAACUUGAGUUGUCAUUGUUCAUAAGUUGGUGGAACGGAGUCAUCGUCUGUGCUUUCCUACAGUAACAAGUCCAAAUGUCCACUGUGAGAACAGCCUGCACGCGGUGCUGAUGAGGCUGUUAAACACACCUUGUGAAAGGCGCCGCUGCAAACACGACUGAACUGUCAGAGCAAACUCGGUAAAAUCACUUGAUAUUUGCGUAAAGUGACUGUUAAAGGAUGGAUUGAUGACUUCGUCACUUGCCUCAGUGAAGUUGCUGCAAAUUGUUGAAAAACUCUGAAAUACAGACGGUGUUAGAGUUGCGAAAUAAAGACAUCGGAGCGGGUGGUGAGUGAGACAUGAAGGAAAGCAAGGAACAUGAAACAAAAACUAAUGUCACAAACUCUAAGCAUAUUUAUGUGGUUACACCAUCAAAUCUUUGGCCUUUAUCACGAAAUGUAUCAUUACGCUGCCAUGUCAGCCAACAGGACAUUUCAGCGGAGAGUUUAGGUGUCCUGUGGUGGGAUAUCUGUAGACGACAUAUUCAAUUCAGGUGUAUUUAUUUAGCACCAGAUCACAACAGCAGUCACCUCAAAGCACUUUACACUGUAAAGUGAAGAGCCUACAGUAUUCUAGAGAAAACCAUGACCUCUAGUUUCAAUUUGAAAGCUUUUGAUAUAAGAGCCGUGGUUUUAAUGGGAAUUUCCCAACUACUUCUCCAUCUUAAGGUCACAGAGGGUUGGAGCCUUUCCCCAUUCAGACAGCCAUUGUACCACUCAAGUCAAAAUUAACUGUGGUAAUGAACAGAUUUCUUCAGUGAGGCUGCUUUCAUGACGUAGGGUGACAUCAACAGAAGUGUUAAAGUACCACACCUUGACUUCAUGCUGCCAAUGUCAGUGGGACUAUUAAACAGACCACAACUACUGACUUUUCUUUGGUGGCACCCAAAUAAACCAAACGUCCGGUGUUGAAGAAGCUGGAACAAUCAGACCUGUAGAUGUAUCCACAGACGGUUCAAACGUUUAUUGCAGUGGAAACCUAAUGAGAAUGUGAGUGAAGCUGUAGGACACCAAGACUCUCCUGUCGAAACAAUGUUGGUACAAAUAAUCAUGUGUCACCACGUGCAAAAACCUACACUGAAAGCAAUAUUAUGCAUACCGUAUUGCAGUGCAGAACAGUGUAUGAAGGUGUCAGACUGAAGUGUUGCUCACAAUGAUUGCACCCUGCAGCCACACACAGCUCCAGCAGUGCGUCUGCCACCCUGCGCUGACUCUCCAUCUCUCUACUGUAUCCAAACCCUCAGUCAGUCCAUCACAGGAGGAAAGUCUUUCACUCUGCCUUUGUUUGCUCCUAAUAAUGACGGUGGCCGGAUUACUGAGUUCCACACCACCCUUCACAUCUGUCUGCAAGCCGCUGACAUGUCUGAAGGCCUGAAGCCAUAUGGGUGUGAAUGCAGUGCCUCAGCCAGCAGUUCCAUCUACCCCACCGCCACCUCCUUUUAGCUCACUUACAGGUCUGCAAAGGUCCAAGCACCCUGCUGGCUUCACUUCACUGCCCCUCAUACUGCACUGCAGAUAGUGUUGGUGCUGUGGAAGCAUAAACGUCUGAAACAGCUGGAGUCGGCUCUGCAACGUUAAAUUGAAUUUGGGUUGGGGGUGGGGGUAAGAUGACUCACAUGUUAGUUAAGCUCCCUAUAAAGCCAUCCACUUUCAAAUGCAACCAAAAACAAGGUGCUUGCUCAAAGCACCUUCGUGCUUACUAUCAGUGUCAGAAAAGAAAUGCUUCACCUAAUGGACACACAGCUGCUGCCAGGUGUUUUACAGCUUUGAAUGUUUCAUACUUACAGAACUCCAGGUGCAGCGUAGAUGCAGUCAUAAGUGAAUGUAACUGAUUUUCUUCGCAUAUGAAACAUUUCUAAAUGCACCUGUACAUCACUGGUUAGCUGUUCACAUAGUGCUCUCAGGUACAAGAACAAGUUCUUGUUUCCUGAAAUGAUGCACAGGGACGUGUCUUUGCUGAGCUGGAGCAGUUAGGGUCACAGUAUAAUGCUUGUUCUUCUGAGUAAUUAUGAACAAAGUGUAUAGCUGUAAUAAUCUCAAAAACCCUCCAAACAUCAAAUUCUUGAAAAUAGCACGUGCCUCGUGAAACACAAAAACUCAGUUCAGCUGCUAGGAAACAAGGAAACAAGUACCAGGAAAGCAGUGGUUUUCUCUGAGGACUGAGCAUCAUUCUCCCAGCAGCCUCUGCACCUUAUAGGAGACGCAAUGAGUUGUGUCAUGAGUCCAAGUGUCAGUAUGCCUUAAAAGGUUCUCGUCAGAUCCCGAACCAGCGAUUGGUUAGAUGCUUGAUUCUUCAGUCAAUGAGCACACACUGCCAGCACAAGUGAAAAUGGUAGUAAACAUGAAAGCAACUGAAGAUACCCACUUAACAUUAGAAAGGAUAUAGGGAAUAAUUAGAUGAUGCUGAACAGUGAUGUUGUCAGCAUACUGAACAUAAAUAUUACCUCUAAAAAUGUCAAACUAGUGCUCUGAAAACAUUUAAAAAAAGUCAUGAAAUUCAUUGUUAAACUCUGAAACAUACAAAUGGACUGAUUCUUAUAUAGCGCUUUUCUCUCAGUUUGGUUAGGAACAUGCAGCGACAACACCCGAUUAUCAGCAGCAGGUUAUAUGGUUUGGAUUAAAAGAAAUGUUUAAUAAGUCAAGGCAUUGUUUUUAAUGGCAAGCAGGGGAAACCCUCCAACUGCAUGUAUGCAAAUGUGUGACACAAUUAGCCCACUUCUCCUAAACCCGUUUUUACUAAGUUUUUGGUCUCAGUCACUAGUUUGAUGUUUUAGUGAACACAAUGUGAUGCUUCCUGUGUAAAGGAUAAUUAACAGUGAAACAGGACACUCGUUACCAUAGUCGUGCAGUGUCCGAGGGGCCAGGCUUCUGAUGAUUUAGGUUAACAUAGACCCAUUCACAAUAGCAACAACCCCACCCCUAGCUCAGAGUUAUUAGACAAAAUACCAACCAAGUGAUCCUAAAGUGUGUGGACACAGUUGUCAUGAGUUGCAGGAUGUUUAAUGUUCCUAAGACAGUGGGUGUGAAGUGAAGCCAGCUGGAGGACUGGCCCUGUCCUGAGUCUGAGCAUGUUCCUGACCCUUCAUUUGCCUCACGUCUUCCCAGCAUCCUUUGUGGAAUCAAGCAAACCCUGCUGCUUCUCCCUGACAGCAUGGUAUGACAGCAGCGACAUUGUGUGCCAUUUUCACUUUUGUCGACAUGAUGUGCUUUUCCUUUGACUCCUAGACAGAAGGCUCUAGAGUGGUAAUUGUUUUACUUUUCAUUCAAAGUGUAAAUAUUGUAAGAAAAUGUAUAUAUUUGAUUUUCAGAGGACAGUGUGUUGUGUUUCAGUUUUUUCUGUGUUAUAAAAGACUGGGAACAAAGCUCUGCUGUUUUGCUGUUGCCCUCAAACAGAACUGUCUGAUUGAGCUGGGCAUGACUGUUUCAGUGUUGAUCAUGUUUUUUGAUGUGGAAACUGUUACAUUUUGCUUGAUUGGGAGAAAAAAAUUACAAAAAUGUCUUCGUGUUUAGUUUCUUUUGCAUUAUUUCAAUAAAUGUCUUCUUUUCCCAUGUCUUGCCGCUCAUGUUUGUAAGUGUUGACCUGUUAAACUAAGAUGGUGGAACCUGAACAGCGGCUGCUCUCUUCAGUCCAAACAUGAACCUGGGCUGGCACAGACGACUGCUGUGAUCUGGUGCUACAGAUAUGAACUGAACUUGUUCAAGGAACAUCGCAGGCCAGUGGAGAGACAAAGAGAGGCCACAGUUUAGGAAAGCAGAAUAUCAUCCAGUCUUUGCUGCAGUUCUUCUGAGAGCAUGUGUUUGUGUUUCAA